AAUAGACAAAAGAAUAAAAAAUCUGCAGCAGCCUCAGCUUUCACUGUUUUCAUUUGGUAUCAGGUGUACUUUGAACAGGCUUGUGUUUGGCUAAAGCUAUCCUGGCGCAGGAUGGGUGGGGUAAUGUGAAGUGUGUUUGAACAGACAAGGUGAAGUGCCUGCUGUAAUACGUGCUCAGGCAAAGGACGGGCUUGAAUGGAAUCUUUUUUCCUGGGAAGACAGUACGCUUCAGGAUUACCCACUCUUUGGAAAUAACUGCAUAGUUUGUUCAUUCAAACCACAAUGGAGGCAACAAGUGGUACCACAAAAAUCCUUGAGAAGGGUCCUGAAUACCUCCGAAAGCAAAUGGAACGGGAGAGUGAGACGAAAGGAGGCAUGAGUGCUGUGGAGAGGCUCGCUGCAAGCAAGCUGAAAUAUGUCAAAAGCAAGCGGGUGGUCAACUCAACUCAAGAGCCAGUAAUCAGUCUCGGAUCAGCCUCUGUGAGUAGCACUGGGUCUUCCAACCGGAGCUCGAACCGAGGUGGGAAUCUUGUCAUAGGGAGUAACUCAAGAGCGGCUACAUGUGAUCCACAAAACACCAGCUCACCAGGGCAGGUACGUCGGUCCAGCUCCAAAAAACGACCAGACUCUCUUCUGCUUUACAGGCAUAAAUGUGAGUUACUGAGAACGUCAGCAAAUGACCGGAAACACCACAUAACACGCAGGUUGCUGCCCAGCUCCGUGCAUAAAAGUGUUCCGUUACCCGAGGCAACAGAAAAGCAGUGUGAAGAGAGGAGGAGGAAUGGAGCAGCAGAUCAACACGGCACAGAAAACAGGGAUUCUGGGACAAAGGUGACAGCGGGUGUUGUGAGGAAAUCCGCUGGUCUCCUAACAGUUCCUGAGUUUGAAAGGUCUGGCAAAGGGGUCAGUCGGUCUCACUCUGACAUCAGCUCCAGGUACUCCAAACACUUUGCAGACUUUGAUGUUUUUUUCAAGUAUUGUGGGCUGGGCGGUGAGGUUAUUGAGUCUUUGGGGAAGGAGAACUUCUCUGCGCGCUCAGAUGAAAUUGCAAUAAAAACCCGGAGUGUCAGCGUUUCUACAUUGGACAACGGCUUCUCCAGGAACAGUGGACACAGCGACGGACUACUGGAGGACGAGUUACAUGAAAAAAUGCGGCAGGGGACGUCAGUUAUUGAGCGCAAUGCAAGGAUUAUCAAAUGGUUGUACAGCUGCAAAAAUGCGAUAGAAACUGGAAAAAAGUUAAGAGACCUCGAUUGAGAUGUCUAACUAAGACCUCGACUGUUGAUACUAACUCCUGUGGAAAACACUGACUUUUGGUCUCACAUUUUUUACCCUGUGUGCAUGUUUAACAUUUAAUGAUGUUAUCAGUUUUAUUACUGUCAACAAGAAACACUCAACCACAACAAAGGUGUGUGUAUGUGUCUCUAUGCCUUUAUUAGUGGUUUCUCUGGUUUCCGUGGAUAGUGUGUGUGUGUGUGUGUGUGUGUGUGUGUG